UGGAGAAGGCGACAGCUGUCCCAGCGGAGGCGACGACGGGGCGGCCUCAAGGAGUCGCAACGAGCCAGAGCGCGUCACGCCCUGGUGCUGCGGUGGUCGCUCGCGUCUUGUCGGCCCGUUCCGUGUUGCCCUGCACUGCCGCGGCCGCCGCGGAACCAUGGCUGUGCUCGUCGUGCUGUUGUCCUUGGUGGCGGGUGUUUUGGGAAACGAGUUUAGUAUUUUAAGAUCACCGGGGUCUGUUGUUUUCCGGGAUGGAAAUUGGCCUAUACCAGGAGAGCGAAUCCCAGAUGUUGCUGCAUUAUCCAUGGGCUUCUCUGUGAAAGAAGAUCUUUCUUGGCCAGGACUUGCAGUUGGUAACCUAUUCCAUCGUCCUCGGGCUACCGUUAUGGUGAUGGUGAAGGGAGUGGACAAACUCGCUCUACCCCCAGGCAGUGCCAUUUCAUACCCUUUGGAGAAUGCAGUUCCUUUUAGUCUCGACAGUGUUGCAAAUUCCAUUCACUCCUUAUUUUCUGAAGAAACUCCUGUAGUUUUGCAGUUGGCUCCCAGUGAGGAAAGAGUGUAUAUGGUGGGAAAGGCAAACUCAGUUUUUGAAGAUCUUUCAGUAACGUUACGACAGCUCCGCAAUCGCCUGUUUCAAGAAAAUUCCAUUCUCAAUGCACUUCCCCUCAAUUCUCUGAGUAGGAACAAUGAAGUUGAUCUGCUCUUUCUUUCUGAACUGCAAGUUCUACAUGAUAUUUCAAGUUUGUUGUCUCGACAUAAGCAUCUAGCCAAGGAUCAUUCUCCUGAUUUAUAUUCACUGGAGCUGGCAGGUUUGGAUGAAAUUGGGAAACAUUAUGGGGAAGACUCUGAACAAUUCAGAGAUGCUUCUAAGAUCCUUGUUGACGCUCUGCAAAAGUUUGCAGAUGACAUGUAUAGUCUUUAUGGUGGGAAUGCAGUGGUAGAGCUAGUGACUGUCAGAUCAUUCGACACAUCCCUUGUGAGGAAGACAAGGACUAUCCUUGAGGCAAAACAAGAGAACCCACCAAGUCCCUUUAACCUUGCAUAUAAGUAUAAUUUUGAGUAUCCAGUGGUUUUCAAUAUGGUACUUUGGAUAAUGAUCGCCUUGGCCUUGGCUGUGAUUAUCACCUCUUACAAUAUUUGGAACAUGGAUCCUGGAUAUGAUAGCAUCAUUUAUAGGAUGACAAACCAGAAGAUUCGAAUGGAUUGAACUUUCCUUAUGCCUAACUUAGAAAAGGGGUUUGGAAAUUGUUUUCUUAAAAUAAAUCUUUAGUGUAGUUUAAAGUAGAUAGUAUACUUUAAAUUUUUUAAAGAAGUAAAUUUUGUUCUCAGUUUUGUGUGUGCUUGUGAAGUUGUUUUAGAGUGAAUUAUGGUAUUGAUGUGAAUUGAUUUGUGUGAUAUAAAUUCCAUAAUAUCCUCAAAUAUUAUGAUAUAACCAUUUAAUAUAAUUUCAUUCCAUUUAAUAUUUGGAAAUAAUGCACUGAAAUAAAUGUAAAACAUUUAGAAUAGCUUGUGUUAUUUAUGUUAGGAAAAUGCACUGAAUUUGUUAGAGGCACUUAUGAAUGCUUAAUUUCCUUACACAGGACAGAUUUAAAUGAUAUUUGGGCUAUUGUGUACUAUGAACUAUUUGUAAAUGUCCUAAUUUGAUGUAAAUAUCUCUGAAACGAGAAAUGGUUUUCACUUAGCACAGCCCUCAACUAUGAGUGUGUGUAUACAGUCACUUUGAUUUGGAACUGCAUCUGAUUGACAGAGGAUAGCUGUUUUUUUAACCUCUUCUGAAAGUUUGGUGAUCUGGAUGGUCUAGUGUGGGUAUUAAAAAUACUACAUUGAUCUCAGAAGAAACUAGCUUUGUGAAGUUACAGAUAUUCAUAAUUAUACACAUAAAAACAAACAUUUGGGGGACAUCUUGGGGCAUGAAUAUAAAAAUCUUUUUAUUUCAGUUAACUUUUCCCACUGUGUAAGUUACUAUGGUUUGUGGUACAUCAUUCUAUAGAAUAUUAAGUGAAAGUAGAUGCUCCUUACUUUUCAUGUGGAAGUGGACCAAUGUCUAUAAAGAGUCACAAAUAAAGUUAAUGAUUCCAAA